AUGAGCCCUUCGCAUCCGGCUCAUCCUCCCCAUCCCAACGGACCCCCAUACCACGCGCAACCGCCACCGCCACCUCCUAGCCAGCAGUAUCCUCAACCCGUGACACCCUAUGCGCCUGCGCCCUACAUGAACGACUAUGGCGCCGCACAGCAGAUCCGGAGAAAGCAGGUCCGCGCCACGCAGGCUUGCAAUCACUGCCGCUCGCGAAAGCAAAAGUGUGACGAAGCCCGCCCCUGCCAGUUCUGCAGAGAAAACAACUUCGACUGCCAGUACAAGGAUGUUCCGCCACCCAAACAAGAUCGAAGCAUGAUGCAGCUUCAAGAGAGCGUCAACAACAUCUCCGAAGUGCUGUCCCAAUUCGUGGACCAGUUCAACACGUGGAAACAGGGUGUCGAGAGCAGGCUUCCGGCGACGCGAAACCUCGACAUGAUUUCCAACCACGCUUCGCCCGAGACGUCCUUUUCUGCGCCACAAAGGGACCAGGCAACAUCGAGAUGGGCCACGCCCAGUCAAGGCCGCGGCCAAAUGGCUCGCGUACACAGCAAUCUCAAGAUGGAGUCGCCAGUCGUAUCCCACUCGAGCAUGAUGUCGCCUCUGGGCACUUCGGCAUCCGCGCCAAUCAAGCAAGAAUCGCAGUUUGCUCCUCCUCCGCAGCAGCCCGCAACACCUGCCGAAAGUGUCAGGACCGAACGGAGCCAUGCCACCGAGACCGGCCCUAAGGAGCAGACGGGUCUUCAAGGAGACCACACAACCCCGGCACAUAAGCUGCUUGAGGAAUGGCCGCACAUGAGCAUCUUCUAUCAAGGCAUUCCCUAUCUGAAACGCCUCAUUGACAAUGGUCGCGAAGUCUCAGAUUACCCCAUGCAGUUGGAGCAAGAUCGCGGCUUACUGCGGGUUUGGGGGGUUGGUGAGGGCCAAGACCUAAACGACGGGGCACAGGGGCCCGGAAGUCCCGAGAGUAGCAACGACUCUGAAGCCACCUCGCCAGCGCCGGGCAAAGAUGGCUUGUGGGGCCACCCACCAUAUGAUCACCAAAGCCCCUCUGAGCCCAGCAGCACGCCGCGUGAAAGCUAUCAGAGCGGCCUUGGCCCUGAUGGCCGCCCGGAUUUCCGCCGUCAUGUCAUGUUCGACUUGCUCAAGUCGUACAUGGACAGCAUGCACAUGUUCCAUCCCUUCAUCAACGAAGUCAAGCUGAAGCGCAUGUUCAGGGAGUUCAGCGACCAGUACAGCCCUGAAUCCCGCGGCGCCAGUGUCCGCUCCCCCGCCGUCAAUGGCGUCCACCAGCUGAACCCUGGCAUCAAGCGAAAGCGCUCGGCCAGCGGACUGGACGGACUGCCGUCGGCUAGAGGCGAGAUUGAACGUUCUUUGCGCAACGCUAUUGUGCUCCUUGUCCUUGCCCUGGGCAAGGUUUGCUCCUACACAGAUCCCCUGCCUGCACCGCAAAACGACCGCAAUCCUUACAUCCACUCCGACUAUGGGUAUAUUAGGAAUUCUCCCAAUACCAAUGGCAGCUUUGCCAGCGAGACUUCGGAAGACAGUCGUCCGCGAAACAUUGACAUUCUCCCGGGCAUGGCUUAUUAUGCGUAUGCGACUGACAUUCUUGGAAACCAGCAAGGUGGAAACACGACGGCGCAUGCGCAAGCCAUGCUUCUCGCUGCCCUCUAUCUCAGCCAGUUUGCCCGAGUGUUGGAGAGCUGGAGUUGGAUCAACAAUGCAUGCCGAAUCGCCUUGGUCUUGAUCAAGGCUGACUACACCAAGCUUCUUCGUGUAAACAACGAGAAGAGGCAGUUUUGGAGUCCCAAGGAACGAUACCGGCUGAACUUGGUCAUGUGUGUCUACUGGACAGCGCUGCAACUGGAAUCUGAUAUUCUCGCAGAGAUGAGCACCCUCCCCCCCUCUGGCAUCUCCGCACACCAAAGCGACAUUAUGUACCCCGAAGGCGUCAACGAAACGUGGCUCCAGGAAGACAGCAGCUCGGCCCAGCAAGAAGACGUUACGGCGGGUCCGAGAAACGACCUAAUGAUGAAACUUUACUCUACGCAAACGUUCCUGCGCGUUAUUCUCAACGUGGCACACAAUGCCCUUUACGGGCCUAGCGGACGAAUGAGCUUUGAUCCGACUAGCGUCAAAGAGGUGGCUUAUCACGCGCUCACCCACGUGGGCGUGCUUGAGAAUUGGAGAAAACUACUCUCACCGGAGCUGGCCUGGUCAGAUGAUGAGUACCCCUCGACUGACCUCAACAUUGCUCGUGUUCGCGCCAAGUAUUAUGGCGGCCUGUACAUGAUGUUGCGGCCCUACUUGAAACUAGCGAGUCAUGUGUUGGAGUUCCCACCCCCACCUCCAGGCAGCACGGGCGCCUCUCAGCACAAUUCGUCCUCACCAUACGGCCAGCCCCUCACAAACCGGAACGUGCAGAUGGUGGAGCUGAGCGAAGACCAGCAGAAGAUUAUCAAGGUUGCCUGUCAAUGUAUUAACAGUGCCAUUCACAGUACCAUUGCAUUCGACCGCGUGGGCGAAGAGCCUGGUAGCAACUACCAAUACUUCACCCCUACCCGCAAGAAGAGGCUUGUCGUUACAAACAUUUUUGGUACACUCCACGCGCAAUUCGGCAACAUGCUUGUGCUGGCCUCGGUGUACAAAUCCAAGCUCUACCCUCUCCUACCCAGCGACACCUGGCUCACCAAAGCCACGCUCUCGGCCCUGUUCAAGCGCACGAUUACCGUCAUCGAGGACGUGGCGCCAAACUCGCCCAUUCUGCGCAUGGAUCUGGAGAUUCUUCGGAACGUGCAGCGGCAACAGGGUCUGGAGUGAUGUCAGGCAAGCAGCAAAAAGCAAAACAUGGUGGCGGGAUGCAAACCUGCUCCUGGGUUCCAUGUCUUGCCAUAUGGAGCGUCACCCGCAUGCGCUGACGCACGCACGCACACCCUCUUCGGACCAAGCUGUCACGGGCAGAGUGGCCCAAUACAGAUCUGGGAUUGUGCAUCAUGACUUGCAUCUUCUGGCCCCGGCGCAAUGCUUUCUGUUAAUUAUUUUUUGAUUUUUUCUUUUUUUCUUUCUCUUCUUCUUCUCGAUAUUCCCCACAAUCGACGGCCAUAUCAGCCAUUGUACAUGCAACCAUGUGUACGAGCACGUAGUAAGGACAUCAACUUCACCAUCAUCAUCAUCAUCAUCAUUGUCAUCAUCAUCAUUGUCAUUGGGUGGCUAGCGCUGAAAUCACUCUUAUGCAUUUCGAGUCAUUCUCCUUUCUCCGUCUGUCGGUCCGAGAAUCAAAGUAUUAUUUCGUCUUGUUUCCAGGCCUGGGUGGAUGAUG